AUGUUGAAAAGAAAACCAUCUAACGUGUCUGAUAAGGAGAAAAGUCAAAAGCCCAAGAGAACAAGCAGCUUUGGAAGCUUUGACCGUUUCAGGCAUCACUCAAUAUCAAAGACAGAUGAGUCAGCUGAGAUAUCUGAGCUGGAGACUAUAAGUGACGGAGAUGCAGUACAAAGUAAAGCUGCAAAUAACGGAGGAAGUUUGGGUAAGAAGAUGAGAGCCAUUUCCCUCACCAUGAAGAAAAAGAUGGGCAAAAAGUACAUCAAGGCACUCUCAGAGGAAAUGAAUGAAGAAGUGAAAGAUGACUGUGAUUCCGGUGGUGGAAUACACACCGAGAAGGUUUCCCUAAAAGCCAGUGACUCUAUGGAAAGUCUCUAUAGUCUGAACAGUGGCCAGAGCUCAUCUAGUGGGGUGACCAGCUGCUCAGACGGAACGAGCAACAGGGACAGCCUCCGGCUGGAGGAGGAAGUGCCGUACAGCGGGCCCUUCUGCGGCCGAGCCAAAGUGCACACCGACUUCACACCAAGCCCCUACGACACCGACUCGCUGAAAAUCAAGAAAGGAGACAUUAUAGAUAUCAUCUGUAAAACCCCCAUGGGCAUAUGGACAGGCAUGCUGAACAACAAAGUAGGAAAUUUCAAGUUCAUUUACGUGGAUAUUAUCUUGGAAGAGGAGACUGCACCCAGAAAGAUAAAACCGCACAGAGGAAGCAAAAGGAUCAAGCCCAAAACAUUGCAAGAGCUCCUGGACUGUGUCCACCUGCAGGAAUAUGCCUCAACCCUCUUGCUAAACGGCUAUGAAACUCUAGAGGACUUAAAGGAUCUACAGGAGAGUCACCUGAUCGAAUUAAAUAUUUCAAACCCAGAAGACAGGGCAAGAUUGUUAUCAGCAAUUGAAAAUUUACAGGACUAUGAGAUCGAACCACAGCAGAAAAGUGAGGGUGGUCAGGAGUCACGGAGCUUAAGCCCUCACCACGGCUUUGACAAAUCACAGUCUGAUGACUGCCCGAGAGAUUCUGGUUGUUACAUCUCAUCAGAAAAUUCAGAUAAUGGUAAAGAAGAAAUAGACCCAGAAAUACUGUCUGACAUGGUGCAGUCAAUAACAAUCACUGAGUCAAACUGA